AUGACAAACAUUGAAGAACAUCUUAAAAGCCAUGAUAUCACUUUGUUAGAAUAUAAAUGUGGGGCGUGCCACAAACCUUGGCGUAGCUGGCGUGCAGCAAUAGCACAUUAUAGUAGAUCUAACUGUCGACAUUCUACUUCUGCCACACCAACAUUUCUUACCGCAGAUCCUCCAUCAUCAACAAAUGUCAUCGAUCAAUCAACAACAACCAUCGAACAGCUACAAAACACAACCACAAACUCAGCUGUUAACGAGGAAUCUGAGGCUGAGGAACAAAUUCAAACAAUAGGUAAUCAAUCGUCAGACGAAACGACACAACAAUUAGGAAAUGACGGUAACGCUCAUUCACCAUCUGUCAUUCCAAAAACACAAAAGAUCGCUGACGUACAAAAUGUUGAUAUACCUGCUAAUGAUGGAAAACAAAGUGAUGAUGAACAGAUUAAUGGAGAUCAUGGUAUCAUCAGUAAUACCAGAAAAGAAAAUAAUGUGGAAAUGAAGGAGACAGACGAGAAAUACUACUGUGAAUUCUGUGCGUCUGGCGGAUUUAAUAAAAAGGCGGGCCUUUCACAGCAUAAGAGACAUAUGCAUCCCAACGAAUAUAAUGCCACCAUUGAAGUUCCGAUGAAAAAGCGAUUGUGGACUCGUGAUGAUAUAUUGAUAUUAGCAGAGCUUGAAGCUAAUCUCACCUCCUCAGAGGCAGGAAAUCCAAAUUCAGCUCUUGCGUUGAAAUUACCAUCGAGAUCACGAGAAGCCAUAAAGAAACGUCGACAAACGACAGAGUACAAAACGCUGCUACAACAGGUACGUGAAAGUAAAGCAGCAAUAACCAUUGAAGAGUCUGAUGAUUCCGAAAAAUCAAUAAUUGUAAAUUCACUUACUAUCGCGAAUGAUAGUAUAAAUAAUAAUGUAAAUAAUUCCGGUAAUCACAACUCUAAUGAUAGAUCUCAAGGUACUCAAGUAGGAACUAACAACGAAUCUUAUCCCGAUAUUCGUCAAUAUACAAAAACCAAUAUCAUGAAGGGAAGAAUUCGAUUAUGCCAAACAAUGUGUGACGCUAUGACGCAUUAUGUCAAUGACGUGCCAAACUCUGAUCCAGUCAAUGAGUCACUGAAUGGAAUACAUCAAGCGAUAAAUAGUGUUCAAUCGUCUCAAUCACGCAAGGACGAUAAACAAACAAUUGGGAGCAAACUACGGAGCGCAAAAUCAAUUGCAAAAGCUCAGAAAUAUGCGCAUUACCAAUGUUUGUUCAAAAAGGACAAAUCGAAGCUAGCGUCUGAGAUCUUCGAUGGUGUUGACAAUUCUGCAGUUAAGCCACCAAUGUCCGUUGCUUACGAACACUAUAAAAAGAUCUGGACCAUCGAUACCAAAGAUGCUGAAAUUACUGGACGUAAAGCCUCGGUAGGAACAGACGUACUCCUUGCACCAAUAACUCGUGAGGAAAUCGCCUGGGCUAUAGAUCAAACAAAUACUAAAACAGCUCUUGGACCAGAUCGAUUGCCACUUGUUACAAUUAAAGCUAUAGCGAAAAACGAAUUAUGGUGUGCCUUCAACAUCUGGCUUGGUUACAGGCGAAUACCCGAUUCGCUUAAAAUCAACCGGACUGUUCUUCUACCGAAGGGAAAGGACAAUCUAGAUAAUAUCAAAAACUGGCGUCCGAUCACCAUAGCAUCGCUGUUACUUCGAUUAUAUAACAAGAUUCUAGCGCGUCGUAUGCAGAAUGUAUUUCGCACCAAUUCAAAGCAAAAAGGUUUUAAACCAUUGAAUGGUGUUGGUCAGAAUGUAGCUCUCCUUCACAAUCUAUUAAGACAUGCACGUACCAACAAGAAUAAUCUUUUUGUGUGUCUACUAGAUGUGAGCAAGGCCUUUGAUUCGGUACCUCAUGAAUCAAUCAAACGUGCGUUACUGAGAAACGGUUGUCCACUCGAAUUCAUUGAUCUAUUUAAUAAUCAAUAUGAGAACUCGUAUACAGCACUAUCGUAUGCGGAUAGAAGUUCACGCUUAAUAGCAUUAAGAAGAGGGGUAAAGCAAGGCGAUCCUAUGUCAUCAAUCCUAUUUAAUCUCGUCAUUGAUGAACUCUUCGAGAUUUUAGGAGAUCGCUUUGGAUACGAACUCGAUGGAGUUGGCAGUGUCAAUGCUCGUGCAUUUGCUGACGACAUCGCAUUAAUGUCUGGAUCUGAACUGGGUAUGCAAAAACUUCUUUCGGAAACGGAAGCGUUCUUGGGUGCUCGAGGUCUAGUACUUAAUGCAGAUAAAUGUAUAUCGAUCUGUCUUCGAAAAGCAGGAAAGGUCAAAAAGUCACAAAUCGCAGACUCAUCCGUAAAGAAUCCACCACAAUUUACGGUUAAGAAUCAACCUAUCCAAUUGCUUGGAGUCGAUAAAUCAUGUCGUUAUUUAGGAGUUCAAUUUUCACCUCUAGGAGCAGUUGAUCCAAGAGUAACAGUGUCUGCAAUCAAAUCAGCAUUGUCAUCACUCUCUAAGGCACCGUUGAAGCCACAACAGAAAGUGGUGAUGCUUCGGACGUAUCUCAUUCCUCGUUUUAUUUUUGCUUUUACGCAUACGGAAUGCUACCCGAAGCUAAUGGGACAACAAGAUCGUCUCAUUAGACGUUGGCUGAAAGAGACACUUAAACUGCCUCCAUCAGUAUGUAGUGACUUCUUUUAUCUUCCAGUUAAAGAAGGAGGCUUGGGUAUUGGGAAACUAUAUGACAUAAUAGGAAUUGCUAAGGUGCGUCUUCAUAGCUCUUUCCAUCGAGCCAAUGAUAUGUGUUUGCAGUUUCUUGUUGACACACAGGGAUCUGCUAUGCAUUCUCGUUGGUGCAACGCAAUGAAGCUUAGCGACCGCCCAUCAGCCGCUGACAUCAAUCAAAGAAAUGUUCUCUCAAUCAAUGAAAGUCGAAUACGACUAGCGGAAACAGUGCACGGCAGUGGUAGUACAGUGUUUCGUGAAAGUCCAAUAACCAAUCAAUGGCUAUCUGGGUACACACGUAUAAUGAAAGGUCGUACGUACAUCAAAGCAAUACAGAUGCGUACGAAUACAACACCAACUAGAGUAUCCACGACUCGAGGUCAAAACACUAACAAAGCUUGUCGCCGCUGCGGUCUUGCAGAUGAAACUUUAAUUCAUAUUCUACAGACAUGUCCCCUCACGCAGGGUAUGAGAUGUCGAAGACAUAAUAAUGUUUGUCGAAAGGUAUCAGAUAAAUUACGUUCGAAAGGAUUCCAGGUAUACUCAGAGCAGGGAUUACCGUCACCAGGUUUACAGACAAAUAUCUCGCGUCCGGAUAUUAUUGCAGUACAAGGUGAAAAAGCUCUAGUAUUAGAUAUAACGUGCGUCUAUGAAUCCAAUUCAAACAGUUUUCCAGAUGCAUACCGCCGGAAGGUAAAUCGUUAUAGUCCCCUGGAAGAAACUGUCAAGCAGAAAUUCCAAGUACGAAAGGUUGAGUUUCAAGGAUUAGUAAUUGGAAGUCGUGGUGCAUACGAUCCGAAGCACCUUGCAAUCUGGCAUUCUAUGGGGUUUUCAGGUACGGAACUGGGUAUGCUAGCGAUUGGGGUAAUUGAGGAUUCUCUGAGGACGAUUACUUUGUUCAACAAUGCCAAUCGCUUACGUAUUUGA